AUGUCAAAGACCUAUACAAUUGUUAUCAAGCUAGGGUCGUCUUCCCUGGUUGAUGAGAAGACGAAAGAACCCCAAUUGUCCAUCAUGUCGAUGGUGGUAGAGACCGUAGUGCGACUUCGUCGUAUGGGUCAUCGAGUCGUGCUGGUCUCUAGCGGUGGUAUUGCAGUUGGUUUGAAGACGUUAAACCUGGAAAAAAGACCUAAACACUUGGCUCGCGUGCAGGCGAUCGCCGCAGUUGGUCAGGGAAGGCUUAUCGGCCGUUGGGAUUCGCUGUUUUCACAGUUCAGCCAGAGAAUUGCCCAGAUCCUGAUCACCAGAAAUGAUAUUGCAGACUGGACGCAGUACAAAAACGCCCAGAACACCAUCCUAGAGCUGCUACAGAUGGGCGUGGUGCCAAUUGUGAAUGAAAAUGACACUUUGUCCGUCAGUGAAAUCAAGUUUGGCGAUAAUGAUACAUUGUCCGCUAUCACGGCGGCCCUGUGCGGUGCAGACUACCUCUUCCUUCUCACGGAUGUAGAUUGCCUGUACACAGACAAUCCUCGUACCAAUCCAGACGCGAAGCCCAUUUUAGUGGUGCCCAACAUGGCCCAGGGUUUGCCAGGCGUGAAAACCGACGGUGGAUCGGGCUCUGACGUCGGAACUGGCGGCAUGGCCACGAAACUCAUAGCAGCGGAGCUUGCAACCAAUGCUGGUGUUCAUACCGUUAUUAUGAAGAGCUCAGAGCCGCACAACAUCUCUAAAAUUGUUCAUUACGUGCAAAGCCUAGAAACCCCACACCAGUCUACGGAGGACUUGGUAAAGUUGCAGGAAGAGGAGCUACAAAAGCUCAAAAUUAAUGACGUCCCCUUCCACACGCGCUUUAUUGCGGAUGAAAAUGAGAUGCACCUAAAAAAUCGGGAGUUUUGGAUGUUGCACGGCUUGGUAAGCCAUGGCGCCGUGAUUAUCGAUCAUGGCGCCUUCGCUGCACUCACAAGAAAGGAGAAAGCGGGUCUUUUACCCGCUGGAGUCAUUGAAGUUGAAGGCCACUUCCACGAACUUGAAUGUGUGGAUCUCAAAUUAGGUUCUAGGCUUGAAAAUGGCGAGUUGGACCAAACAGUCCCUCUUAAAACGAUCGGAAGGGCCCGUUGUAACUACACAAGCUUGGAGAUAGCCAAAAUCAAAGGGCUGCAAAGCGACCACAUUGAGAAUAUUCUAGGUUACGCGGACAGCGAGUAUGUGGCAGUUCGUGCAAACUUAGCGUUCCCUCCACACUGA